CAGUCUAUUUUGGUCGCCACCCAAACAGCGAAAAUACAUAUCCACUGCAUUUAUACUGAGCUUAAAUUCAGUUAUGUUAACAGAAUUCUAAUUUCGAAACAAUAAACACAUCGAAUUAAAUAAAUCAAUUUCAGGGUGUAUUAGAAACGUAACGCUAACGAAAUAAUGAGUGGGUGUCGUUAUAAAUUCGUGCGUAUCAGUAAGACGUUGGUUAUGAUAUUUUUUUGUUUACUUUCAAAUACGAAGGCAACAUCUAUGGGUGAGGAAAAUGCAAUAAGCUCUGGGUGUGGGGAGGUUGGAGAUUGUAUUGCUGGUCAAGACUGCGAUAACAAAUGUGGUUGUGAUUCCUCAGCAGCCGUUUUAUUCUACAAUGAAACAUUAGACGCAUGUGUAGUUGAUGUGAAAAAACUUUUACAAUCGUUGCAAGAAAGAUAUAACAUUCAAGAAAAAUUACGCAUGGAAGUUGUGAGAGUAUUCCAAGGGGUUACUGUAUCUGUUAUAUUAUUUAUGACGUGUGUCGGUGUUUGCGUUUGCACAUCUUGCAUUUAUUGCAUUCGUAUAAAUUAUAUAGACAAUCGGAUGAAAAACGAUAUAGAAGCUUUAGCCGCCAAAUUAAAAAGAGAAUGUCGUUUGAAAAAAUCCUUAAAGUCGCCUUCGUCGGAUCAAAAAGCAGAGAGUUGCAAUAUAAUCGUUGAAGAAGCUGGUGUGUUUGUUGUUUAACAAAUAGGACUGUUUUAUUGUGAAUAAUAUAUUGGUGUUCCAACA